UGUAGUACCUUCUCGUUAGUUUUCUCAAUCAUCUACUACGAUACCAUCCUGUCCAUACUUUGCCUGUCCAUACUCAUCAGUACUCACCGAGUGUCCUUUCUUUCUAACUGAAACACAUCCAAGUGACCGAUCCCCGUACCCUAUACUCUAUUCACGCCUGAGCUUUCUUUUUUUCCUCCAACCUUCAAUUUUAUUCAUCUAUUUAUCUCACUCACGCCACCAAUGGCUGGUUACUUCUCGAAUCACUCGCAGUUCCAGAGUCGUUUCGCAACUGCAGCGUCUAGCACUACGACAACCACGACAACCACAGCUACUACCACACCCGCCAUCUCAGUAGAGACGCGCCCGCGCCCCCCCACAAGCAGGCACUUUUCCACUUCCGUUAUACACCUGCCACACGAGGACCGCGACCGGGGUGCCGAUGUUCCUGCGCCGCUAUCCGUUCACCCUCUCCGGAAUACCUGGGUAUUCUGGUUCCGACAACAGCGCGCUCCGGGAAAUAAAAUAACUAAUUAUGAGGAAGGCAUCAAAAAAAUCGCCUCCUUCUCCAGCGUUGAAUCUUUCUGGGCACUUCAAACUCACCUCUCAGCCCCCUCUGCACUCGUGCCCACUACAGAUUAUCUCCUGUUCCAUACAGGAGUUCGCAGGCCCGUGUGGGAAGACCCCCUGAAUCGUGCUGGUGGGAAGUGGAUUGUGCGAUUGCGCAAGGGAGUAGCAGACAGGGUGUGGGAAGACCUCGUGAUGGGCGUUGUCGGUGACAUGUUUGAUGAAUGUGGUACACAGGGGGAAGGGGAGGAAGGAGUGUGGCCAGAAAUUUGUGGUUGUACCAUCAGCGUGCGUCAGAGUGAGGAUAUUGUGAGCUUAUGGAAUCGCGUCGACGGGGACGCUAAGGUGCGAGAGAAGAUUCGGGAUACCUUGCGCGUUGUGCUCAACCUACCUCCAUCGACCGUCAUGGAGUAUAAAUCUAAUAACGACUCCAUGCAAGACAAAUCCUCCUUCCGCAAUUCCGCGAUUGAGAGGAUGCCCAUCACCGCUGCCGUAUCGUGACACCCUCUUAUUCGCGUCAUGGCACGAACUUUGAUCGUUUUAUCCUGUGUUUUCGGUACACCUGCAACAUCACACGAAUGUAAUACAUUCUUGGUAUCCUGAUUUUCUUAUCAGCAUACAAGGAAAUAAUCGAAUAUAAAACUGUAGCUCGAAUGUUUGAAUUGUAGCAGAGGACGAAUAUCGAUUUUUCUGUGGUACUGUACCUGACAAGGACCUGAACGCAGAUAAAUCAUAAUUCACUGAUUUUACUUCCCAUAUCAGACUG